UUGAUCAAGGAAUCCCAGAGCUGUACUCGCUAUGGUUUCGACAUAUUCGAUCUAUUCCACGAUGCUUUCCAAGCAUCACUAGGUGCAAAAUUUCUCAAGCCCACCGGGAUAUUUUGGGUUGUCCGUGAAUUGGUGUCUCUGAUCGAUUCCCGCAGAAGGAGACUAGUAUAUGAUCAGGCAUGGAUUCCGGCUGCUUCGCUCCUUACUCGACAUCUAGGCAUGAGAAUACUCCCCGUCGAAGAUGGCAGCAACAGUUUGAAAUCCGCG